UUGGAAAAUGGCGGCUCUCUGUGUGGUUGCGGGGUCGUCUCUGUACAGGAACGGUGCUCAGAUAUUUCAGAGACUACAGAAAGAAUGCAUUCGCAGGAAUUUUGGGUGUAGUGCAGUUUUGGAUCAACAGAACUCAACUUCAAAAACAGCAGGAUCACAUCAAGAUGUGUUAAUUCCAAAAAAGAAAAGAUGGAAUGAAUUGGCUGUGCUCCAAGCACUUUCAUCCACAGUUCAGAGGGACCCCACUGCGUCACAUUACAGGUUUCAAGAUGACCCCUAUCUCACCCCACGGACGGCCUCUGAGUUUAAACUCUUCUCCCUGUCCCAGGAGUCGGGGCGAAAUGCAGCCAAGUACAUAAUCAAUACCUACCCAAACUUCUUCCUGAAGGACUAUGCUGAGCCUCAUAUACCUUGUCUCAUGCCGGAGUCGCUGCAACCAAAGGUGACGGAGGUGUGCGAGGCCGGCCUGCGUGAGCUCAUCCACCUACGCAAAGUGCGCUCAGCCGUGGACAUGUACGACCGGCUGCUGCAGGCAGGCACUGUGGUUUCACUGGAACUCACCAAUAACCUCCUGGACCUCAUCUGCUUCUAUGGGGAUCAGGAUCCUGUCCAAGGAGACCAGGCUGAGCCGGAGAAGACAGCUGAAGGGGAGGUGGUUCAGGAUCCAGCUCCUCGGAGAAAGGAAGGAAGAUUCCGAAAGUCUGACUCGCUUCAUCGCACUUGGAGGAAAGACAAUAAUGCAGAGCGGAUAUUUCACUUGAUGCCAGAACGCAACGAGAGAUCAUAUGGUGCCUUGAUCAGAGGCAUGGUUAAGUAUGGCGCUCACUCAAAGGCUUUUGACCUGUACACAGACAUGCAAAACAACAGAAUGGCUGCGGACGUCCACGCGUUCAACGCCCUGAUCGCCGCUGCCCCGGAGGUCCGGCAGAAGUACAGUGAGAAGUGGGACCUGAUUGCUGAGAUGCUUAAGCAGAUGAACAAGUUGGGAGUUAGGCCCACCUUGCUGACAUUCAACACCGUGCUUAAGAGUCUGCUGCGGUGUGGCCCCCUGAGCCGAGCCCUCGUGCUGCAGGUCCUCGGCGAGAUGAAGGCCCUGGGAAUCGAACCCAGUUUAGCUACUUACUACCACAUCCUCGUUGCAUUUUACAGGCAAGCUUUGUCCCCUUCAACCUUGUCCAGGACUAUGCUGACCACCGACCUCCUGCAUAGCAUGAUGGACGAGAUAUCGGGGAAGGUGUUUGACGCCCUGGAUCCUGAUGACGUAUACUUCUUUAACUACGCCAUGAAUAUAUGCUGCUCCCUCAAAGACCUGGGCCUCGCCUACAGGGUGCACAGCCUCCUCAAUGUCGGGGACAACUGGAAGCUGCUGGGGAACCCUUCCAGGGAGGGAUUUUAUUAUGGCUCGCUCUUCAACCUGGUGUGCAUGAUGGAGAACAUCGGCGUGGUGUUACAGUGGUACAGAGACCUGGUCCCAUCUUUAUUCUACCCGAAUUCACACACAAUGAGGGAUUUAUUACAAGCACUGGAUGCAGACAACAGGCUGGACCUCAUUCCAGAAAUAUGGAAAGACGUCAAGCAGCUGGGUCUGGCCACCGUCUCAGGGGAUCUGGCAGAGGAGGUGCUGGCCCUCAUGGCCCGGGACGAGCACAGCCCAGAGAUACAGGAGUCCUUUGCAAACUGUGCCUUGGCAGUGAAGGCUGUCUAUGGACACGGCGAGCAGAGCCAGGCCACCCUGGACUUCACGGCCAGCGCGUUGUGCAACAUGGCUACCAUCCUGUUGGCAGCUGGGAGGACAGAUCAGGCCUGGGAAAUACUGCAGCUCUUCAAAGCCAACAACCGGGUGCCCUCCGAGAAGCUUCUGGAUGAGUUUCUGAACUCUGCCAAGAGCGGUUCCAACAGUGAGCAGGCAGUGACGCUGGUGCAGAUGUCCUCCAGCUUUAGCCUCCCUGCCACUGCCAGGCUUGCCCAAAGGGUCGAGCAGGAGUUUGACCUCAGCGAGGAGCAGAAGAAGGCUCUGCAGGACGUGGAAGCCACGAGUGACUCCGAUAAAGACUGACCUUCCACCCACUCAC